UCUGCCGUGCACUUCGCGGCCUACAGGGGAUACAACAGAACACUGUCCCUGCUUCUCAAGUUUGUAGAAGACGUCGAUGCAAGGGAUGAGCAACAGGGAACCUCGUUGCACAAGGCUGUGAUGAACGGUCAUACCAGCGUCGUCAAACUUCUACUGGAGGCAGGAGCUGAUGUCAACGCCGUGGAUGCUUCCGACUGCUCUGCCCUGCACUUCGCCGCCUCCAGGGGAAACGAGCAACCUGCUGACCUGCCGGCAGGGUCCGGGGCCGAUGCCAACGGGAGGGAUUACUUCGGCAACUCUGCCCUGCACUUUGCAGCGAGGAAGGGGCAAGGGCACAUCCUAGAGCUGCUGAUAAGGGCAGGAAGCGACCCGAUGUCCAAGGAUGCUGCGGGAUGGUCUCCAAUGCACUGGGCGCACUCAGGGGGCCACAAGGAGGUUGUUUCCACCCUGUCUGCCCUCGGCUGCAGGCAACUAGGAGGAGAUCGGGGAGAGUUU